AUGGAAAUAGCCGAGCGUGGGCGGUCGGCCGUAGCAAGCAGUAGCGCGGCCGUAGCAACGGGCAGGCAAGGGGGAGUAGCACCAGGCGCAGCAGCGCGGGCCAAGCAGAGCCACGGCGCCAGGAGUGAGUUGCAGGCGACGCAGGGUGCAGCGGCGACGAGCGGGCGGAGCAGAGCCACGGCGCCUGGGAGCGGCUGGAGCGCAGCAGGGGCGCGGUGUCGCGCCCGCGGACUGCGCGAGCUGGCGAAGGCGGGCGCGGCUGAGCGGCCAGGAGCUCGCGACAGGCAUGACCAUGGCGCGGCCACGCGAGGCAGCGGAGGCGGGGCUGUGGUGGCUGGGCAGGAGGCGAGCGGGACGGGCGGCCGCAGCGAGCGAGCGCGAGGCGGCGCCGGAUCUGAUUCGGGCGGCGUGUGGCGGGGCGGUGGCGAACGGGGGUGGGAGGUCGCGGGCGGGCGGGCGGGCGGGAAAGGAAAUGAAGUGGCGGUUGGGCGUUAG